AUGUGGAAACCAUAGAAACAGUGCAGGGGAGAUUUACAAGAACGUUGCCUGGAUUGGGGAGGAUGCCUUAUGAGAAUAGGUUGAGUAAACUCGGCCUUUUCUCCUUGGAGCGACGGAGAAUGAGGGGUGACAUGAUUGAGGUGUAUAAGAUAAUGAGAGGUAUUGACCGUGUGGAUAGUCAGAGGCUUUUCCCCAGGGCUGAAAUGGCUAACAUGAAAGGGCACAGUUUUAAGGUGCUUGGAAGUAGGUACAGAGGAGAUAUGAGGGGUAAGUUUUUUAUGCAGAGAGUGGUGAGUGUGUGGAAUGGGCUGCCAGCAACAGUGCUGAAGGUGGAUUCUGCAGGGUCUUAUAAGAAACUCCUGGACAGGUACAUGGAGAUAAGAAAAAUAGAGGGCUAUGGGUAACCCUAACUAAUUUCUAAAGUAAUACAUGUUCAACACAGGGUUGUGGAAGGGAGUGUAGCAGUGGUCAAGUGUGUUAUCUCCACUAGUGCUCACCUGGAUGUGCUGACAAAACUUCAGAGAGAUUUUUGUCAGCGACGCUCAAUUAAAGUCACCGGUGACGAUGAAGACAGCCUCUGGAUGUGCAGUCUCCAGCGUGUUGAUGGUCUUGUACUGUUCCUUGAGAGCCAGAUGCUGCCUGACCUGCUGAGUAUUUCAAUGAUUCUCUGAUUUCAACAUAGUAAAAAAUUCUUCAGAAUCUUCAUUACAAGUGCAACGUUCAUUUACCAAGGACAACAAGUUUGUACCCAGUCUUCCUGGUGUGGAAUCUCCAAGUGAAGAUAUAAUUCUGUGAUCAAUUCCAGGUUGCCAUGGUGAUCAACUACUGACUGUACUCAGUACACACCGUGGCAGGACAACGAGACCUGACAGAGGAUCACCAGCCAGACGCACAGAACCAUUCAGCCCUGUGAUCCUGGGACAGGAACUGUGUGUUCCAGUAGGACAUCAGGCACAACAAAUAUCCUGGACUGGAAUAGAGUCAAAACGAUAAAUGGUUGGAGAGGAGUUUUAACUUUCUGGGAAUUGAAGAAAGAGAACUGCAUGCCUAUCCCCAAAACACACCCUUUACCCAAACUCCCCUGCAGCAAAGAGAACAGAGAUUCCAGGAGAACACACAGCAUAUCGGAGAAGAAGACAAGCAUUCUACCAGCUGGAAAUAAUGUAUGAAAAUCUCAGCUCCCCACAAAUUGUAAAAGAUUUAGGAUUACAGGAUCAUUAUCCUCACAAACUGUCUCUUCAGACUGUCCAGGAGGUGUCCCAGGAUAAACUGGAGGACAGCAACCCAACUCGAGCAGAAGAUCUUCCCUGGCGAUUUCUCCAAAGGAUCCUCUCAGCCAAUUCACUGACAAGAAAUCCCAAAUGGCCACCUGAUCUCUCCUCGGAGGGUGAAGAUGAUGAUGAUGAUGAAGACUUCAGUGAUUUCUUUGAAGUUACAGCACCAGGGGAUGGUGAGAUGAAUCCUCUGGAUAUCAUUGCUGCCAUUUUCCUCUGUGCUGACCACUCUCUCCAGCAGGAACUGAUGCUGAAGAUGUCUCUUUGCCAGUUUGCAUUACCCUUUCUGAUGCCAGACAUACACAGUCACCCCAUGGACAAGGUGAGGGGACCCACAGAAGGGCCUGGUGCCACCCUUCUCCUCUGGGCCAUGAGACCCAUUGUUAAAACAUGGUGCCCACAUUCUCCUACAGACAGCAGCCCCGUUGUGGAGGUGCCCAUCGUGACAGCAGCCAUGCCAACGGUGUCCUUCCUCAGACUGGGAAGGUGCACAGUGUCCAAAUCCCGAAUCCUCAAUCUCACCCUGAGUCAGGCACAGCUGCAGCAGAACAUCUUCCUGCACUCCGAGAUGGAAUGUGGGAAUGUGCCCCGCAGGAUAUCCGAUGGAAUGGCGGAGAUCAGCUGGUAUCUCCCUUCUGGGAAGAGUAACACGGAUAUUUUCCCAGAGGCUGCUGUAUUCAUUAACCUCCGAGGCGAUGCUGAAACUUUCCAGGGAAACGCUCGGUUUCUGGCAAAAGUAUCCACUGCUCUCUUCAUUUUCAUUGAUGUUAUCGGUGAGAAGGAACGAGAAUUCCUCGCCUCUCUCCCACAGUCACCAGCAAAACUCUUUCUCAUAGUCAACACCCACAUCAAUCAGCAACACAUAACCCCCAAGCAGGUGAAGAAAAUGUUCAAAGAUCUAAAGUUAGAACCUCAACAAUGCCUUCUUCGGACAAAUGAAAAUGAAGCUAAUCUUGCAGAGAUAGUUUGUUCUCAGAUCAAACAAGUAAUUCUAGUGAGGGACAGGGACCAGACCUUGCUGAGCCUGGAGAAAAUGGCUGACAUUGCAAUGGAAAGUGGGAUUGAGGUCGAUGAACAUCAACCUGAAAUACAACGAGCCAAGGAACUGACCAAAAUACUGGACAGACUUGACUCAGGAGACAUUACUGGGUAUAAAAGGAGAGUGUUGCCCUUUCAUGGAGAGCCCUGGCAAGGGUUGUCUAAAGUUGAAAAAGAGAAAUCGCGGAUGAAACUCCGUGGGGACAGAACCACAGUCGUGUAUAACCACCAACUGGACCAGGAGAAGAACAGAAUCCGGGAAGCUCAGCUCAGACAGAGUCUGUCGGAAGAGAUGCGGCUGUUCAUCGAAUACCUCACCCGUCACGAUGGGGUUGACAGAGCCAUUUCCCUACAGUGGCUGAAGCUGGAACUGGACAGUAAAUCACAGGAAGUUAUGGCAGGAUUGCGUAGAAUUUAUAAAGAACUGUGCAAAGACUCAAAGCAGAAGGUGAAGGAACUGAAGGAGUUGGAUCAGAAGAUGUCUGAUAGUUCCCUGGGACUUGAGCACUUCAUGAGGGAAUUUGGCCAGGUUUAUGAACUUUCAGUGACUCGACACGUCACCCGAAGGACACAGAUCCACCCAAAGGUGCCGCAGUUCCCAGGGGUUGCUGCUGAACUGUUGCUGGAAGGGUUCCCACUGGAACUCAUCGAUGGAGACGUUUCCAACGUUCCCAUUCCAUGGAUCACUGCCGUACUCACAGAGCUGGCCAACAAAGUGGGAAGAGCUUGCCGAGUGUUUGUGCUGACAGUGAUCGGAGUUCAGAGCUCGGGCAAGUCCACACUCCUCAACACAAUGUUCUGUUUGCGGUUUGCUGUGAGCAGCGGCCGAUGUACUCGAGGGGCCUACAUGCAGUUGAUCAAAGUCACAGGGAGCCUGGCCGAGGAGCUGGGCUGUGAGUUCAUCCUGGUCAUUGACACAGAGGGGCUGAGAGCCCCAGAACUCGCAACACUGACAGACAGCUACGAGCACGACAAUGAGCUGGCAACGUUCGUGGUUGGAUUAAGCAACUUAACGUUGGUAAACAUCGGGAUGGAAAAUCUGUCAGAGAUGAAAGAUAUUUUACAGAUUGUUGUUCAUUCCUUAAUCCGCAUGAGGGAGACAGGAAAAGGGCCAAAGUGCAUAUUUGUGCACCAGAACGUCGGCGAUGUGAGUGCGCACGAGCAGAAUCUGAGAGGCCGUCAGAAACUCCUGGAGCAGCUGGAUAAGAUGACAGAGGCUGCAGCAAAGCUGGAGAAGGUAGACCGAGUAACGUUCCGGGAUGUGAUGGACUAUGAUGCUGACAAGGACAACUGGUACAUCCCUGGUCUGUGGCAUGGUACACCCCCAAUGGCUGCAGUCAACACCGGCUACAGUGAACACGUCUCCCAACUGAAGAAGAACCUAAUUCAGUGUCUAAUCCAACGGAGCAAAAGCCAAAGAGCUUUCACUAUCCCGGACUUUAUCAAAUGGAUGGCUGGGCUUUGGGAGCAGGUGAAACAUGAAAAUUUCAUUUUCAGCUUCCAGAACAGUCUGGUCGCAGAGGCUUACAACCACCUCUCCAUGAAGUACAAGGACUGGGAGUGGGAACUCUGCAAAUUCACUCACUCCUGGGGAAAUGAGGCUGAAAACAGAAUCAGCAAUGCCAAAGGAGAUCUCACUGAACUGCUCUGUAAUCUGGAGAGGGAGAUGAGGACAGAGAUGAGCAAAAGGGAGGGUGUCACUCUGGAUAAACUGCAAGCUCUGUAUGAAAGUGGGGCUGAUAACGUGUAUCUGAUGGAGAAAUACAGAGAGGAAUUUAAACUCAGCAUCUCCAGUUUAUGCAGCCGACUUCAGCACGAUUCAAUGCAGAGAUGUAGAGAUACCGUGAACAGACGGGUGGGACUGCAGGGUGUGGAUGAUAUUUGUAAUAAUUUUCACAGGAAGAUUGGAGAACAGGUCAAGGAACUUUUACAGAAUUGUAAAGUAGCAAAUCGGGUGUUGGGACACCAGGAACUGAAAAAUGAAUUUGAAACGAUGUGGAAAGGUACACUGUCUCAACUGGAGUAUCAGCCCUGCAGAGAAAGAAACAUUGAACUGGAGAUUGAAAAUCUUCUCAGAGAGGCAAUAAGAGCUCAAGGGAGAGUGAUUAAUGAAAGGCUAAAAGGUAAAAAUCUCUGUGAACUGGGGACCCAAUACCUUCAGAUUGAAGAGAAACACAUCAACGUGUCACAUUGGAGAUGGGGUACAAGUAAACUCAUUCCAUUCAGAUUGAAAUCAGACCUCGAUCAAGCAGCAAUGAUUACAAAGCCCAUCGAGGAUGAAUGCAGACAUUGGAUCACUGACAUCACAAAAAAGGACAUGGAUUAUGACAAUAAAUAUUGCAUUGAACUUUUGAACAUGAUAGAGGAAAAAGUUGACAAUAUUUCACAUCAAAACUUUUCAAUGUCUGAGGUUUUCAAGGCCGAGUUUAAACUUCACCUGUGUGGUUACGCUGUACCAAGAUUCCAGGAGAUGCACAGGAGGUUUAUCCACAACCACGACCCACGGAGAAGACUGGAAAACAUGAAAAAUCAAUACUUUGAUCGCUUCAUGGAUAUUUACACAGAGCAGGAUGAGAACCAGAGACAAGCAAAACGAUUUACACAAUAUUGUUUCUUGCCAGCUCUCCGAGACGCCACCCUCAAGACUCUCAGCGUGAACAUCGUGGAUGAUAUGAAAAAACACAACCCUGAGCGACAGUACAGUCUCCGCAACAACUUCACUGUGGCCCUCCUGGUCCACCUGAAACAAACACAUCGAUUUGAUAAAUAUCUACGGUACAUCAGAGACUUUGUGAAUUUCGCCAAAGACUGGCUCCAUCAGCAAGUUAUUAAACACUGCAAGACAGAACGCGAUGGGGAGAGCACAUUUACCUGUCUGGCUAAAGAAAUCCUCACAGAGAUCACUGGGCAAGCUAAGGACAUUGUUCAGGAUGCAGUGAAGCAGAACUUUGCUGGAAAUGCUGAGAGCUUCCUAAACAUGUUUGCUGAAAAGUUAAACACAAGAAUCUCGAUGCCCAAAGAUGAGAUGAAACUCGUUCUGCUUCAGAGUGGCAGUGAUGGCAAGAAAUGUUCAGAAGCCAUUCUGCCAUGUAUUGAAGAGGUGGAGCAGGAUCUCCUCCGUGAGGUAAAAGGCUGGGAUGUCAAAGCAAAGAUUGAAGAAUUAUCCAUUAAACCCAGGGAGGAGUUGUUCAAAGGGUUAUUCAAUUGUACAAUGAAAUGUCCUUUCUGUGGGGUUUUCUGUGACUCAGAGACCCCGGUUCACUCACAACACUCCUGUAAACAGCACAGACCUGAAGGGCUCAACAACUGUCGAUGGGCAGACAGUGAACAUCUUGUAAUGGAUAUCUGCACAGCUUCAGUCGCUGGUGAUACAAAAUUCCGAAAUAAAUACACAAAUGGGAAAUUCCUUCCCUACAAGGAUUAUCAAACAGUCAAUGAUUACUACAAAUCC